AUGUGGCAAGGUAAUGGCUCCUCCACCUCCGACUUUAUUCUCCUUGGGCUCUUCUCUGACUCUCAGCACCCCGGCCUCUUCAUCACCAUCAUCCUCUUGCUGCAUGGGAUGGCUGUUGUGGGGAACUUGGGCCUGGCCCUGCUCAUCUGGGCCAGCGCCCGCCUGCACACACCCAUGUACAUCCUGCUCAGCCAGCUCUCCGUCAUGGACCUGACUCUUGUCUCCACCACUGUCCCCAAGACGGUCUCGGACUUCUUCUUGGGACACAGAGGCAUCUCCCCUGUUGGCUGUGCACUGCAACUCUUUCUCUACCUGAUGCUAGGGGUGGCCGAGUGUGUCCUGCUGACCCUCAUGGCCUUGGACCGCUACUUGGCCAUCUGUAAGCCCCUCAGAUACUCUCUCAUCAUGACCCCCCGAGUCUGUAUGCAAAUGGCCACAGGCUCGUGGGCUGGGGGCGUGCUCGUCUCCCUCGUGCACACGAUGUAUGUCAUGCACUUCUCCCUCUGUGGGUCCCGUAGAGUCCAGCACUUCUUCUGUGAGGUCAUGGCCCUGUUGAAGCUCUCCUGUGAGGACACCUCCACCUACGAGAAGAUGGUGCUGGCGUCCGGCAUCGCUUUCCUUCUCAUCCCUUUUGGACUCAUCCUGACCUCCUACAUCCUCAUCCUCUUCACUGUCCUCCACAUGAAUUCCCCUGAUGGCAGGAACAAAGCCCUGGCCACCUGCUCCUCCCACCUGGCUGUGGUCAGCCUUUACUUUGGUCCAGCCAUGGUCAUCUACAUGACCCCGGGGGCCAUCCUGCCCCCAGAGGUGGACCAGCGUCUCUUCGUGUUUGACGUUGUCAUCACCCCCAUGCUGAACCCUCUCAUCUAUAGCCUGAGGAACAAGGAUGUGCUGUGGGCCCUGAAGAAAGUUCUAGGGAGCAGGCUGAUGCUCAAACAGAAAAGAUGA